CUGGACUCUGGAGUCUGCACUCAAGCAACAUGGAACAACAACCCCUCCAACCGCAACAAGGAGAUUUGAACUGGCGCCUCAGCGCCCACCCGAUCACCCUACUAUUCUUCCUGGGCUUCCGCAUUAGUGCCCUGUUGAUGUACCUUUUCGGUGUUCUGUUCAUCAAGAACUUUGUCCUGGUUUUCAUCCUAACGCUGCUGCUCCUCUCCGCGGACUUCUACUACCUCAAGAACAUUGCUGGGCGUCGACUAGUCGGACUGCGCUGGUGGAACGAAGUCAACACAUCGAGCGGCGAUUCACACUGGGUCUUUGAGUCCUCGGACCCUACCACCCGUACAAUUGCCGCCACGGACAAGCGGUUCUUCUGGCUUAGUCUGUAUCUUACGCCUACCCUCUGGGUCGGCUUGGCUAUUCUGGCUAUCAUCAAAUUGAGCAGUGUGAUCUGGUUGAGCUUGGUUGCUAUCGCUCUAGUACUGACCAUCACGAACACGCUGGCUUUCUCCCGGUGCGAUCGCUUCAGCGUCGCCAACAGCGCGCUUUCCGGGGGCAUUAUGAGUAACCUUGCGGGAGGAAUGCUGGGCAGGCUCUUCAAGUAAAAUCGGCGUGUUUCGUACUGUGUAUGAUCUUCGUCCGUCUGUUUGUAUCCCUUCAUCACUGGCCUGAAUGUAUGCGCAGUUCAGGGAUCUGCCAAACAACAUGUAGCGAAACUCAGUUAUCAAUCCAGAAUAU